AUGCCCGGCAGCUUUGAAAGGAAAUGCCCCUCGCCAACCGCUGCGGCCGGCCCAGCUCCGCCAGCUGGCCCCGGCUCCUCCCAGGGCACCAAGGAAGCCCCCCGCGCCACCCUGGCUGGGCACAAAGGCCUCGCAGCCCUGCGCCCACCAGACCCCAAGGAGUCGCGAGACACAGCUCCCGCUCUGCCCGGCACGGCCACGCCGGCGCCACAAAAUAGGAGCUGCUGGGUGGCCCUAGAGCCAUCGCCAGCCUGCGGCCAGCGGCCACGGGGCGCGCCAGGAGCCUUCCCAAGGAGGACGACCAAGGCCAGGGCGAGCGAGCCCAAAGCCUUUGCCGCAAAGAGCGGGCGCCAAAAAGGGUGUCCCUGGGCGGUCUUGUGUCCCGGCAGGAGCCGGGGCCGCCCCAACAGUCUCCCCUGGCGGUCUUCCGUCCCGGCAGGAGCCGGGGCCGCCCCUAGUCUCCCCUGCGGUCUCCCAUCCCGGUUGGAACCGGGGCCGCUCCUGCUUAGCUUCCCCAGGGGGCCUGUUAAGGGGAGGGUAGCUGCACCGUGGCCCCCGCCAGCUCCGCCCCCCAGCACCGCCUUUAGCUCCGCCUCCUUUCCCGCUCCACCAGCUCCACAAAGGCUCCUGACAACAGGCCGGGCCGCACACUCGCCCUCGCCAAACCCAGCCCGAGCAAAGCCCUCGCACACUCGCCACACCCACCGGGGACCCUGCCACAGCACCUUCGCGGCCUCUCGGCUCCCAGCGCACCACCACGCCUGCCACCCCCCGACCACUGCCCCGGGCACCUUCGGGGCCACCCGCGCCCCAGGCUCACCCUUCACCUUCCCUCGGCACAUCGCGCGGGAAAAGGAAGGCAUUUUUUCCCACGGCCCGCCCCUGGGCACCUCGUGCUGCUGCGUGGCUUCCUCAGCGUCCGUCCGACCGACAAGGGGGCGCCUGCUUUCAUCGCCGGAAAUCCCGCGGGCACCCUCUCCAAUCCGAAGACGCUCACUCGAUUCUUCGGACCGGCCUCCCGUCAAGGGACACGAGCCCCUCUGCUAACCGCGCCUCACCUCUCGGCAUGGCUACAAGCUUUUCCCACCGGGAAAGCUGUGAUUUACGGAUGAAAGACUUCACAACAAAGGGUUGUAAAGCAGCUCCACAAAGGCUCCUGACAACAGGCCGGGCCGCACACUCGCCCUCGCCAAACCCAGCCCGAGCAAAGCCCUCGCACACUCGCCACACCCACCGGGGACCCUGCCACAGCACCUUCCCGGCCUCUCGGCUCCCAGCGCACCACCACGCCUGCCACCCCCCGACCACUGCCCCGGGCACCUUCGGGGCCACCCGCGCCCCAGGCUCACCCUUCACCUUCCCUCGGCACAUCGCGCGGGAAAAGGAAGGCAUUUUUUCCCACGGCCCGCCCCUGGGCACCUCGUGCUGCUGCGUGGCUUCCUCAGCGUCCGUCCGACCGACAAGGGGGCGCCUGCUUUCAUCGCCGGAAAUCCCGCGGGCACCCUCUCCAAUCCGAAGACGCUCACUCGAUUCUUCGGACCGGCCUCCCGUCAAGGGACACGAGCCCCUCUGCUAACCGCGCCUCACCUCUCGGCAUGGCUACAAGCUUUUCCCACCGGGAAAGCUGUGAUUUACGGAUGAAAGACUUCACAACAAAGGGUUGUAAAGCAGGUAUGUUUAUUCGGCGCCGGGCACGUGGGGGAUGGCUCCGCCACAACAAGCAUGCGCGCCCCCCUGCCCUGCUAGUCUUGCUUCUAUGUUACAAAGCGUUGCAUAUUCACGAGACGCCUAUGCAUAUUCAUAACCUA